CUGGGGUAUCGCUGGCCGGUAAAUUCAAAAAAAGAUGUUGUCGUCGUGGGAGUUCAACUCUCCCAGCCAGGGAGAGGAUUCAAACAACAGUACCGCAAUGUCCACCUCUGAAAAGGGGAAAACCAAAGAGCCUGAGCUCAUGACAAGCCUGCCGACAAACGUGGCUGGCGUUCUUGCGCGCGCAUAUCUGCAAGCAGCAAUGAAAGAGUACGAGAGCCUUUUCAAGGGCACUCUGCAAGACUGCACGGUAUCAUACCGCGCCUUCGCCGAGCAGAUCAGCACAAUUGCAGGCCGGCAUGGGAUCGAAAUCAGUUCACCCGGCCCUCUCGACAACGAACCCAACGUCAGGGAUUAUGUCGACAUCAUGCUGGAGGAGCCCUUCACCGACAACAUCAAGGCCCUGCUUGAGCAAGUCCGCAGUGUGCUGGAUGAAACGACGCCGACGCCACAGGUGACCUUGAGGGUUGCACAAGGGUUCCUUCAGAAGCUUGACAACGUGACACGCAAAGGGCUGUCUAAAGAGCAACGGCAGUUUCGACAAGAUUUGGAGUCAAGCGUGACCCCCAGCAGCGCUGCCAAGGAGAAGGAGAAGGACAAGGACUCGGCCCACAGAACAGUCUAUGCGCAGCCGUUCUCUGCCGAGCUUCUCUGCCCCAACUGGCACCUGCACAACAAAGGGUUUCAACGGGCAGUCGAUGAGGGCACAAACACGGGUAAGGUCGUUGUCGAGCAUGUGCUUGCUUGCUGUGUACACGUGUACAUGUGA